AUGGCACAAAAGUGCUCAAGCUCCUGUGACAAGGAUGUCAUCCUGAACAUUCUCAGUGUCCUCACUGACUUGCUGUCUUUGGGCACUGGAAGGAGAAUUCACUACGUGGUCAGCAAAGGAGGCAGCGAGGCUUUGCUGCAGGCGCUGGCCACGGCUGCCCGGACAGAGCCACCCGACCACGGCACCCUCCUGCCCCUGCUGCGGCUGCUGGCCAGGGUGGGCCUGAGAGAUAGGAAGUUUGGGCUUAAAGUGCAGAAGGCAGAAGCCACUGAUAUAAUACUGAGCUUGGCAAGGAGACACCUGGGCCACCACUUGCACCUCACCCACUGCCUCUGGGUGCUGCGGGUUUGUGCUUCCAAUGUUACCACGGGAACUGUGCUUGGCAUCAAUGGAGCCAUGGAGCUGCUUUUCAAAGUCAUCACUCCCUACUGCAAGAGACACGUCAGGACGGUCAGGGCAGCCAUUGGGGCUCUGGCAGCUCUGCUGAAAUCAAAGUCCAACAGCCGCCGGGCAGUGAACAGAGGCUACCUGGGUGAAUUGCUGAGACUCUACCAAGACUGGCACCGCAAUGAUGUCUCCAACAACUACAUUUACAUUCGUAGGGGUCUCCUGCUCUGCCUAAAGUACAUCACCAACAUCCAGCUGGGCAGGGAGACUUUCCUUGGUUCCAGGGGAAUGGAGAUUCUUUUCACAAGUGUGCAGGACUGUUUAUCUUGUAAAAAUCUGGAUCCUAUUAUAACUACUGCAACCCAUAUUCUGAGGAAGUGCUACCCCAAGGAGCAUCUCCCUGUGGUGACUGUCAGAAGUUCCUAUUCCUUCCCUCUUCCUGGGAAUGCCAGUGCUGAACCUCCAUGUGAGGGAUCUGAAGGUGACAGUGAAAGUGAAGGAGAGGAAGAGGCUGAAAAAGAUUGGGAUAAUGAGGAUGUGGAGAGUAAAGAGGAAGACUGUGACUUGGAGACAGAUGUGAAUAAAUUGAUGUCAAGGCCAGUGCUUGACCGGCCAGAACAAGAGCUUGAAAAAUAUGAAGCUCUGUGUGCAGAACUUUCCCAGAAUUUUCAGGAACUUGAAUUUGAGUCUGAGGAAAAGAAGAGCUUGGAGGACAGGACUGAGAAUCUUCCCUCUGCUCCUUCUCAUUUCAUUCCAAGUGCUAGUUCUGUGAAACAUCCAAACUGCAGAUGGAGAAACCCAAGUGUCACAGAGAUGGGACCAGAUCCAGAGGAACAGGAUUUCAGAGUCCCAUUUCAGAGCUGGAAAAAGGAGGAGGAAUGCAUAUGGGAUAAGAAUGAUGAUAAGAGAGACAUUGCUGAAGAAGCCCAGGAUAAAGACUUCUGUGAGGAGGAAGAUCCACCCAGGAGUCGUGUGUUAGCUUUUUGCCCUCUCCCAAAAGAUGCUGCUUGGUACAAAAAGAUGUUUUACCCUCAUUGUGAGGCCUCAAUCAAUCCUAGUCUUGAAGGGAGGAUGGAGAGCUCGGAUAUAGUUAGAAAUCUUCUGGAGAAACACCACAGGGAAAUCCCAUUCCACGACCCUUGUUUCUAUGCAGCCAGGGCCAAAUGUGUGAAGUCCAUCCCAGGCUACAGAGAGCUGGCGUUCCCGGAUUUCUGGGGUCACCAGCCACCUCCCUACAGCAAGCCCCUGUUGGAGCGCAAGCAUGGGGUCCAAAGGGACAAAGUCCUUGAUGAUGUUCGCCGCCUAAUCCAGCCGGGGGAUGUGAUAGGAAGAACUGUGUUUGACUUAGAUGAUGCCAGUGGCUCAAGCCCAGCUGCUCCAGGCUGUCUGACAUUUUUCUCCAAGUUUGAGUCGGGGAACCUUCGGAAAGCGAUCCAAGUGCGUGAGUUUGAGUAUGACCUCAUUAUGAAUGCAGAUGUGAACAGCAGCCAGCAUCACCAGUGGUUCUACUUUGAGGUCCGUGACAUGAAGUCAGCAGUUCCCUAUCGCUUCAACAUCAUCAACUGUGAGAAGUUCAACAGCCAGUUUAAUUAUGGCAUGCAGCUGGUCAUGUACUCAGUGAGGGAAGCUCUCCAGGGGAGACCUUGCUGGAUUCGGGCAGGCCAGGAGAUCUGCUACUACAAAAACCACUACCACUGCAGUGCAGCUGCAGGAGGAGGUGUGAGGGGAAGGUUCUACUACACUCUCACCUUCAGCAUCAAGUUCCCUCACACAGAUGAUGUCUGCUACCUGGCCUACCACUACCCCUACACCUACUCCACAAUGAUGUCCCAUCUUGAUAUCCUGGAACAAAAUAGGAACCCUAAGAAGGUUUACUGGAGGCAGCAGACGCUCUGUCAGACUCUAGGAGGAAAUCCAUGCCCAUUGCUCACAAUCACUGCCAUGCCUGAAUCUAAAAAUAGACAUGACCUGGAGCAAUUCUGCAGCCGUCCUUAUGUGUUUCUCACAGCCCGUGUUCACCCUGGUGAGAGCAAUUCCAGCUGGGUGAUGAAGGGGACCCUGGAGUUCCUGGUGAGCAGUGAUCCCAUUGCUGAGCUCCUAAGGAAAUGCUUCAUCUUCAAGAUUGUGCCCAUGCUUAAUCCUGAUGGAGUCAUCAAUGGCAACCUUCGUUGUUCACUGAGUGGAGAUGAUCUCAACAGGCAGUGGCUGACACCCAGUUCCCAGCUGCAUCCAACAAUUUACCAUGCCAAAGGUCUCCUCUAUUACCUGCGCAGCAUUGGCCGGGCUCCUCUGGUCUUCUGUGACUACCAUGGGCACUCCCAGAAAAAGAAUGUGUUUCUCUAUGGCUGCAGCAUUAAAGAGACCUUGUGGCAAGCAGGCUGCAUGGUUGACACAGCAGUUGUCACAGAAGAUGUUGGCUACAGGACUCUUCCCAAAAUCCUGGAUAAAGUGGCCCCUGCAUUUGUCAUGAACAGCUGCAGCUUCCUGGUGGAGAAGUCCCGGGCGUCGACAGCCCGCGUGGUGGUGUGGAAGGAAAUGGGGGUGCUGAGGAGCUACACCAUGGAAAGCACCUACUGCAGCUGCAGCCAUGGACUCUACAGAGGUCUGCAACUGGGAACACAGGAGCUGGAGGAGAUGGGAAGCAAGUUUUGCCUUGGUUUGCUGAUUCUGCACCUCAAAUCCCUGCCCUGCAGCAAGGAGCUGAUGGCUCAGGCAGCACUCCUGCUGGAUCUGGAGGAGGAGAUCACAGACCGGGCACAAAGAAGGUGCAGCAACAGCAGCCUGGAGUCUGAUGAUGAACCUCCUUGUGCAGAAGAGAUUGACUAUGAUACUGCAAGUAGCUCUGAUGGUGAAGAGGAAUUCUUGGAGCUAGACCAGGAGAUCCAGGAGUCCCUCUCCUGUGUAGAAGGCGAGACAGAAGAUGAAGUGACCACAGGACAGACAUGCAGCUCCAGGGCUCUGAGGGGGCUCUACAUUUCCAGCCAGCCAGCACCCAACAACACAGCUCUUCCUCUGGGUUCAACAGCACUUGGACUGUACAGUGGAUUCGAGAGCAGUCCUGUGUGA